AAUAGUAUUAAUCUAUCUUCAUAUUUUGUUUUGGAUGAGCAUAUAUACACACAUGAUACAAUGAUGGAGAACUACAUUGCAGUGCUGUUGGGACCAACUGAAGAGAUCUACAUUAGUGAUGAUGAGGAUGUCGGUGUCUAUAUAUCUUCAGGUGAAAAUAACCGUAGAUAUGUUUUGAAUGUGGACGUCAUAACUCCACCAGAAUUGCCCGAGCAACUGUCGAGAGUAGAGCUCCUCAAUAAAAGUUAUGUUGGUAAGAACUAUGUGGAAUUGGAUUCAAAUGAGGAUGAAAUGAGAGAUAGUGCUGCCAUCAUUUUGUGCGAAUGCGAGGAACAAGGAACAGUUUCAAAUGAGGCAAUAGUGGAGAACUACUUGCAUGAUUUAUGGGUUGACGCUGAGAAACUAAAAGUGACGGAGCUAAACACAUUCCAGCUUGAAUACAAUGUCACGAGUAGUGAAGGGAAAGAAUAUUCGGUCAACUUGCUCUUGAAAACUUGCAGUUGCAAGGUGUUCGAUAUCCAAAAGUAUCAUUGUGUGCAUGCACUAGCCGGUUUCAUUGCCUUCGAGAGCGAUACAACAAGAACUCGAGUCCCGGAUAGGUCACAGUGGGAUAUCCCAGAUGACAUCAAAGCGUUGAAGGUAUUACCUCUGCCUCAGAAAAAGAAGAAGGGUAGAACAAAAGUGUUGAGGUUUCCAUCCACCGGGAAAAGGCGUCCAAAACGUCAAAGGACUCAAAACAAAAGGAGGUCGAGGCAAUCGCUGCAAUGGGACCCGUGGUAUGAUGAGAGGAAGAACGUUAAGAGGAUAAUGGAUCAAUUAGAAGAAAUCGGAAUGAUGGAAGGAAUUCCGAAGAGAUGUCCUUGUGGGGGGCGCAUCCUCGACAAGAUCUCUGAGAACGAUGGUGACAAAGGGAAGAGAUACUAUCAAUGCAACGUGUAUAAGAAUGAUGGGUUACACAUUCGGAAACUUUGGGAUAAAGCUAUGGUAGAAGAGGUGACUAGGUUAAGGGAGGAGGUUGAUAACCAUCACAAAAAUAUUCAAAGCUUGGAGUACUAUCAACAAGAAAUGCGUUCGGAUUUGAAAGGUAAUGGUAAAGAGAUCCAAAAACUGAAGGAGUUAGUCGCUCAUCUAGCGGAGACUUUUGUUGUGAUUGAGGAAUUAAUGGGUUUGUUCGAAGAUGGCUGCUCCGUCGAGGAUGGCUCCUCCGUCAAGGAUGGCUCCUCCGUCGAGGAUGGCUGCUGCUCCGUCGAGGAUGGCUGCUGCUCCGUCAUUGGUACUCCUCUCUUCCUCUUUAACCCAGUUUUCUUUGGAGGCAUUAUCGGAAACGAGAAAACGAAGGUUACGAAAGAGAAACGAAACUCGAAAAUCUGAAGUUGCUUUCGAAAUCAAAAUCUCCCAAGAAC